GUAAGAGCUCGCGUGUGGUGUGUUUGUGUAUCCUCAUUGUUUUUUUCUCGUGAGUGUUUUAUUGAGUGUAAACAGAGUCUUGUCUCUGUGUAUUUUAGUGUUGAUGAUGAGAGAUGAGAUGGAUGUGAUGUGCUGUAAAUCAGUAGGAACUGAUCUGUCCAUGCUGGAUAUUGAUGAUUUCAUCACAGAAAUCUCUCAGCUGAAGAAAGAGGUGGCGUUACUGGAGACAAAGCUGAGGUUAAGAGGAGAUGAAGGACUGAAGAGAGAGGACUCCGAGCUCAGUCUGACUUUACUCUGUUAUACUGAGUCAAAGCCCACAGACGCUCAGGACACUACAGUGUGUGACAGUAAUCAGGGCUUACAGGAUGAGGAAUCUACUGAUCAAACCUCCACAGAGUCUCUGGAUUCUGUCUGGAACGCUGGAGAACAGCAGCAGAUCCUGCAGACCAAACUCAAGAUGUGUUCAGUCAAACUCAUCGACUUCAGGAACCUCAUGAUGAAGAUCAAAACUGAACCUACAGAAAUAAAAACUGAACCCACACCUGAGGAAUAUGAAGACAAUCCUAUUGAUGGUCAUGAUUUUAUUCUGGCAGAUGUGAAGAGUGAAUUAUGUUUGGAUGGAGAAAUAACAUCCUCAAGUCUUUCCUGCAUCACUGGUGGAGAGACAUUGAGCUCACAGAGACAUUUAAAGAGAAAAAAACACAAAGAACAGAAGCAUCAUCUGAAGAGACACACCAAUAAGAACCCGUAUCAGUGCAGUGAAAGUGGAAAAACCUUUAGGCAUUUAAGGUUAUUAAAAUCGCACCAGACUAUUCACUCUGAGAAACCCUUUCAAUGUUCACACUGUGAUAAACGUUUCUGUCAUAAAUCUCAUCUGAUAGCCCAUGAGAGAAUUCACACUGGAGAGAAACCUUACGUCUGUAGUGUUUGUGGGAAGAGUUUUAAUCAACAUCAACAUUUAGUGAAUCACCAGAGAACUCAUACAGGUGAAAAACCUUACAAAUGCUCUCACUGUGGGAAGAUGUUUACUUAUUCAGCUUCCUUAAAAGUCCAUGAGAGAAUUCAUACAGGAGAGAAACCUUACGUCUGCUCGAUCUGUGGAAAGAGCUUCUCAGAUCACAAUGCCUUUAGAAUCCAUCAGAGAGUUCACACUAAAGAGAAACCUCAUCACUGUGAAGUUUGUGGGAAGAGUUUUAAUCAAAGUGUCAAUUUAGUGUCACACCAGAGAAUUCAUACAGGUGAAAAACCUUACAAAUGCUCUCAGUGUGAGAAGUCGUUUUCUCAGUCAAGUAACUUAAAAGUCCAUGAGAGACUUCAUACUGGAGAGAAACCUUACAAAUGCUCUCAGUGUGGAAAGAUGUUUGCUUAUUCAGCUUCCUUAAAAGUCCAUGAGAGAAUUCAUACUGGAGAGAAACCUUACGUCUGCUCGAUCUGUGGAAAGAGCUUCUCAGAUCACAAUGCCUUUAGAGUCCAUCAGAGAAGUCACACUAAAGAGAAACCUCAUCACUGUGAAGUUUGUGGGAAGAGUUUUAAUCAAAGUGUCAAUUUAGUGUCACACCAGAGAAUUCAUACAGGUGAAAAACCUUACAAAUGCUCUCAGUGUGAGAAGACGUUUAAUCAUUCAAGUAACUUAAAAGUCCAUGAGAGACUUCAUACUGGAGAGAAACCUUACAAAUGCUCUCAGUGUGGAAAGAUGUUUGCUUAUUCAGCUUCCUUAAAAGUCCAUGAGAGAAUUCAUACUGGAGAGAAACCUUACGUCUGCUCGAUCUGUGGAAAGAGCUUCUCAGAUCACAAUGCCUUUAGAAUCCAUCAGAGAGUUCACACUAAAGAGAAACCUCAUCACUGUGAUGUUUGUGGGAAGAGUUUUAAUCAAAGUGUCAAUUUAGUGAGACAUCAGAGAACUCAUACAGGUGAAAAACCUUACAAAUGCUCUCAGUGUGAGAAGUCGUUUGCUCAGUCAAGUAACUUAAAAGUCCAUGAGAGACUUCAUACUAGAGAGAAACCUUACGUCUGAGAGAGAUUCAGUAGUUUAACCUUCUAAGUGUGUUAGUAUAAUUCUGAAAAUAACAGAUCUGACACUGCUUCCAACUAACAUAUUAUUUAGGUAUAUCUACAAGAAUUAAACUACUUGAUCACAUUAGAUCUUAGUUGAAAUUUCAAUAUUAAUGGGUAUAUUUAAGCGUACAAGACUUAUAUUGAUCAAUGGGAUUAACAUUGACAAACAUUUUUUUUAUAUUCUUUCAAUUGUGGCUUGCCAUCUGGGAAUGUAUCUUCACACAGAAAUCAAAGACAACGCAAACUUACAACCUCCAAAGAUGUAAUGAUAAAUAAAUAAACAAACACCACUCUGUAAAACUAUGGGUAUUUAAAGAAACCUGGCAGAGAAUUCUGUGGAUCUGUAAACAGAUUUGCCGAACAAACACUUGUGUAGUUUUCAUGGCCAGGUAACAUUUCUAAACUCUCUCAUUUUAUACUAUUAAGGGUUUCUGUGUGAUUGAUCAAUGUAUUAUAUUGCUUUAAUUGGAUUUUGAAUUGAAUGUUUAAAUAAUUGGAUUAUUGGCAUUUCUUAUGAUUGGUUGUUUUAUAUUAGUUGAAUUAAGUUUUGAAUUAUCAUGUUUUAUUACAUGGCUAA